CUUUAUUAUUAUCAAAUUUUAUGUUCAACUCUUUUUGUGAUUUUGUUAAAAUCGUGAUAAAAUCAAGUUUUGGAGAUUGUUGUAAUGUCUUCUAUACGUAGAGGAGUUUUUCUUGCUCAGUCUGCGGCUCGCCUUCGAGCUUCUGGUCGUCCUUUAGUACGUGGAGAGGUUGAAAAUGCCCCAGGAGAGAAUCUGCCAUUCCAGAUAAAAAACAAGCCAAGACUGCUAGCUACUAUGAUUCUUUUCCUUGGUACAGGGUUCAGUAUUCCUUUUAUUGGUGUCCGAUUUCAAAUGGCAAAAAAUAGCAAUGCUUAAACUGUUUUGAAGAAAUGACUAUGUAAAAACUAGUGUUCACAAUGGUUUUUCAAACAAAAAAAGUUACAAAAGAAAUAAAUAUGACUCAAUUUUGAUGUUUCACAACUGUAAUUUAUCAAUUUAAUAUCAGCUUUGAUAAAAAAAAAAUUUCUCCAAUGUUUUUCAAUAAAUAGGGUUAUGAUCUUGA